AUGAAUGCCUCCAGACUACGAGAAGAGGUAGAGCUGGGAAAGGUGAAACAAAAGGAGACUGAAGAUUGGUUGAAGGAACACAAACCACCACCAGACGUCCGACCGAAGACAGCCGUGCAAGCUACAGAAGUUACCGCAGCAGCGAUGAUUGCAGAACGGCAACUUGAUGACAGCACAACUACGCGAAAACCAAACCAUGUUUCCAAAGUCAAGUGUCCACCAGCAGCUACCGCUACACGUGAUCUUGAAUCCGCGCAUACAACUGAGCUAGAUCCUGAAUCACCCGCAUGGGAGCCGCGACCGCCAAUCGAUGAGUGGAUUGACAAAUUGGUAGCUGGACAGGAGACGGUGCUGCCAAAGCAGAAGACAACUCAACAUGAGGAUCCUAUGUUGGCAGCAUUGGUAAAACUAGAGAGUGACCGAGGUCUACCCGCUACCCAGAUUCCUGUCUUCGAUGGUACUGCCCUCUUAUGGCCAAAGUUCGUUGAGCAGUUUUAUACUCAAGUGCACUGUAAGCCUGGGAUCGAUGAUGCGCGCUGCAUGGAUCUGUUACAGUCACAUGUUUCCAAGGACGCACUAACGAUGAUCAGAGGGAUAGGAUACAGCGGUCGAUGCUAUGCUGAUGCACUGAAAGAACUUAAGAGAGCCUUUGGUCACCGGAACCAAGUCGCGCGCGCAUAUCUUUAUUUAAUUACCACUGGAAACACCAUACCAUCAAGGAAUUCUAUUGCGCUGCGCCAGUUCUUCGUCGAUAUCAGAGACUGCAUAAUAACAUUGACUCAGUUGAACUAUACCAGUGAUAUGCAAGGGUCUGAUCUACUUCUGAGAGUGUCAAGACGCAUCUCAGUUGAUCGCAUCCGAUUUUGGAACCGUCACGUAUCCGGGAUCUCCAAGACCAGGGAACCAUCCAUACUUGACCUGCGCAACUGGUUGAAGGAAUGUGUGGAUACGGAAUUCAACCCAUACUCCGUCAAGUUAGAAACCUCCAAAGGAAAGACUCCAGCCACAGCUUGCUCAUACAACACUGCCUUUCAGAAAACAAAGGAAAAGUCUGAGAAGUCAGGAAAAGGAGCCGGGACAAAGGAAAAGCCUAAAAAGUCCAGUGGUGUAGCCAAGCAGCCAGAGAAGUCCUAUAACGGAACCAGAGAUGCAGAUAAUCCAAAGAAAGCUGUACCAAAAGAAGGCGACAAGAAACCAAUCUCAUGUCCACUCUGUAAAGAACCGCACAGACUCUAUCGUUGUUUCCUGUUUGUAAACAAAAGGCCGCAUGAGAGAAGCAAGAUUGCUGAGGACAGCAAAAUCUGUCUGAACUGUCUGCAUUCAAACCAUGAACUUAGUCAAUGUUUAUCAAACCUGCGUUGCCGCGAACCAGGAUGUCAGGAAAAACAUCAUACUCUCCUCCAUCCCGAUGACAAGGAUCCUAAGAACAACUACGCCAACAUUGCUGAAAAAGGUAGCCGAAAGAGUCUGUCGCAUGCAUAUUUUCAACUCGUCCGAGUCAAUGUGAGCGGUAGAAACGGAAGAUGCAUCCCCACCGUGACUAUGUUGGACUCUGCCAGUGAAAUCACCGUCAUACAUCAACAAUUAGCACAAGAUCUUGGGUUGAAAGGCAAGACGAAGGAACUCACCAUCAAAACUCUGAAUGCGGAAUCAUCAUCCAAGUCACAGACCGUGUCAUUUACUAUGAGGGCCGCCGGUGAGGAAUCAGCACAAGUAUUGAAUGUCAGCGAUGCAUGGACAGUUGAUAUUGAUGCCUUCAAAUGUCCUCCUCAGCAAAUAUCUACAUCUUGGGAUCAUAUCCAGGAACUUGGGCUGACCGACAUUGAUGCGUCAGAGGUGCAGUUAUUGAUUGGAGUAGACGUCCCUUUGGCACACGUCCAUACCGAUACCAGGAUGGGAGACGAAACCGAGCCAAUAGCAGUGAAAACUCCACUUGGAUGGAUGCUGAUGGGGAUGUCGAAGACUCAAGAUUCACACAAAGCCGUGGCAAACAUCAAUUUCAUCACGAGUAGAGACCAACAGCUACAUCAAGACAUCGAGAAGUUUUGGCAGACAGAAUCCUUUGGCGUCGCCUUCACAACUGAAACUCCACUUUCUGCAGAAGACAAGAGAGCUACUAAAAUCCUUGAAGAGACUACUCAUCUCGUAGAUGGCCAUUACGAAGUCGGAAUGUUAUGGAAGGAUCCUGAUGCAGUUCUACCAAACAACAAACAUAUCGCUGUUCGCCGAUACCAUCUGUUAGAAAAGCGCAUGAAGAAAGACUCUGAAUUUAAAUCUCUGUACGCUGAUACGUUGAAUGGUUACAUUGAAAAGGGAUUUGCCAGGAAGCUGUCAGUCAUCGAGGCCGAGAAGAUUUCACCAAAGACUUGGUACAUUCCACAUCACGGCGUCAUGAAUCCGAACAAACCAGGCAAAAUACGAGUGGUAUUUGACGCAGCUGCAACCUGCCAAGGCACCUCUCUCAACCUCAACUUGAUGACUGGACCGGACCUGCUCAACAGCCUAUUUGGAAUCCUUCAACGCUUCAGACUGUACCGCAUAGCCAUGUGUGCCGACGUCGAAGGGAUGUUCCACAUGGUAAGAGUGCCAGAGACUACAGAUGCAGACGCCAUGCGAUUUAUUUGGAAAAGCGACAUCGAUGCUCCAGGGCCUCCAGAAUCCUACAAGAUGUUAGUCCAUACAUUCGGCGCCACCGAUUCUCCAACCUGUGCCAACUAUGCUCUACAGAGAUGUGCCAAGGACAGCUGA